AUGUUCUUUUUAGCCCCGCCUUCUACUACUCAGCAGUGGUUUAAUGAGGACAGCACACUAGAGGGCCGUUUGCAGCAAGCCGUGCUCGACCUCCUUGCUGGUUCCGACGUCCAGUUCCGCCGCGAAUCCCGCCUUGAUAUUGCAUUGGUCAAGAAUCUUGACAUUGCUCUGAUUUUCCUCCCUGCUGCUGAUAUCCCAACCUUUGUUGGGGAUGGAUGUGUCGACCUUGGUAUUACAGGCCGGGAUCAAGUCAGAGAGCAUGAUUCACAUCUUCCACAAAAUGAGGAAUCCGGCGUGGAAGAGCUUCUUGACCUUGAAUUCGGUGGCUGCAAGCUCCAAGUUCAGGUGCCUGAAAAUGGACCCAUUCAAGCUGUCAGGGAUCUAGUGGGAAAGAAUGUGGUUACUAGCUUUACUGGUCUAGCUACGAAGUACUUUUCGCAGUUAGAGGGAGUAAAUGGAGGAGAACACCUUCAGACUAAAAUCAAGUAUGUUGGUGGAAGUGUUGAAGCUGCAUUACAACGUAUCUCGAGUACCUCGACAUUGGCUAAUGAAAAAACAGAGUCUGGCGAAACUAUGAGAGCGGCCGGCCUCAAAGCCAUUGAUACUGUUGUUCAAAGCACUGCAGUCCUUAUCAAGUCCCACAGAACCUCCAACCCUCUUGUUAAUCUCAUUACCUCAAGAAUUCAGGGCGUAAUCAAUGCUAAUAAAUAUGUGCUUUGUCACUACAACAUCUCUCGCGACCUUCUCUCUCAGGCAUCACAAAUCACACCAGGGAAGCAGGCUCCAACUGUAACAGCAAUAGAGGAAAAUGGUUGGGUAGCCGUCAGCGCUAUGGUAGAAAAAAAAUUAAUAGCUACAGUUAUGGAUGAGUUAACAAAUCUGGGUGCAACGGAUAUAUUGGUCUUGAAUAUUGCAAAUUCUCGCACAAAGUGA